AUGACUUUGCAACGAGACAAUUUUGGCUCGUUCUUUUUUAUCGUAGUACUUGUUCUAGUCGGCGGCAUUUUGCUUUCGUGUAAAGUUCACGCCGAAUUUUUUGACGAAGAGUUUACCGUAUUUGGUUUCGACGAGAAAUCAAGCAGUGAUAGAGUACGGUUAGCGGAGACCACCAGUGAAGUUCAAGUGACCCUUGAAAAUAAUAAUGAAAAAGUUGCGGAAAAUAUCGAUGAUAUUAAAAAUUUUCAACAAGGUUUUGAUGAAAUAAAACACGGUCUAGAAGAUAUUUGGGAUAGUAUAGGCGACGUAUUCAACCAUGAAAUUGAUAAUGUUAAAGAUUAUUUGAAGCCAAAAAAAGGCAACAAAAAUAAAAGCUGGGCCAAAAUUUUGACACAUGAUGAUUUCCCCGACUACGAUAUCAAAAUGAAGGAACCAAAAUUGUGUGAUUCUUCUGUCAAGCAGUAUUCAGGUUAUCUUGAUGCCAGUUCAAAUAAACAUUUCUUCUUCUGGAUAUUUGAGUCUCGUAAUAAUCCGAAAACUGAUCCAAUUACUCUUUGGCUCAACGGUGGUCCAGGCUGCAGCUCUUUAACCGGAUUAUUCUUUGAAUUGGGACCAUGUACGGUGAAUGAUGAUGGCAGUGAUACAUUUAUUAACCCAUACUCUUGGAAUAGCAAUUCAACAGUCAUUUUCUUGGAUCAGCCCACGAAUGUCGGCUAUUCUCAUGGUAACAGCGUCUCGAAUACCCUUGCGGCAGCCAAGGACGUUUACGCUUUCCUACAGAUCUUCUUCAAGGAAUUCCCCGACUAUGCAAACUUAGAGUUCCAUAUUGCCGGUGAAUCUUAUGCUGGUCAUUACAUUCCAGCCAUUGCCGCAGAGAUUAACAAAAACAACGAAGGGACCUCUGCUUGGAUUCAAUCCUUUAAACCCAAGCAUCUUAAGCACAUCAAUCUUGAAUCUAUAUUGAUUGGCAAUGGCCUUGUCGACUCAUUAGUACAAUACAAAUACUAUCCCGAGAUGGCGUGUAACUCCACUUAUGAACCUGUGUUAGACGAGGCGACUUGCGAUAGAAUGCGAAAAGCGUAUCCAACUUGUGCACGCUUAAUCAAUAAUUGUUACAAGUCCCAGAAUGUAUUUAAUUGUUUGCCGGCCUCGAUGUAUUGUAACAAGGAACUAAUUCAACCGUAUCAAGCAACUGGCAAAAAUCCUUACGAUGUCCGAAAAAAAUGCGAGGGAAAUAACUUAUGUUAUCCGAUUUUGGGAUCGAUUGAAACCUAUUUGAAUAAAAAGGAAAUUAUGGAAGAACUCGGCGCUGAAGUUGAUGAGUACAAGUCCUGUAAUAUGGAAGUUAAUUUCAGAUUCCAAAUGGCAGGCGAUUGGAUGCGUCCUUUCCAUCUUUCAAUUCCACCACUUUUGGCGAAUAAUAUUCGCGUUUUGGUCUAUGCUGGUGAUGCCGACUUUAUUUGUAAUUGGUUAGAUGGAUUCAAUAAAGCCAUUAAUAAAGAUUGGAUUAUUGAAGACGGAAGUGAAUCAAUAGCCGGAAAAGUACGAUCUUAUAAAGGACUCACUUUUCUACAGAUAUUUGAAGCGGGACAUAUGACACCCUAUGAUCAACCAGUCCCAAGUUUAGAUUUCUUCAAUAGAUGGAUUCAAAAGCGAGAAUUGUGA